UUUAUCAACUAUGCUUAAGUUACAAAAAUUUUUAUGGUUUCUAAGUCUACGUAACGGUUGCCGCAUCAUUGCUCUUGUGGAAUUCGCAUUAGGUGCCUUUGGCACUUAUGCAGUGGUUGGAAGAUAUGGCUUUGAAUUGUUACUCGAAUCAAUUGUUAUUAUAAGCCUAUCCGUUGCCUGUUUGCUGGCCUUUCUGCUGCUCAUUGCUACGUUGCAUGAUCAUGAAUCCACUGGCGUUGUGUUUACCUAUCUGAUCUGGAGCAUAUUUUUGUGUGUGCUGCUUUCUGUUUUUUAUAUCAUGGCCUUUAUGCGAGGUGUAUUUAAUAUAUAUGUGCUAUUGGGUCUAUUGAUAGGCACGUUGACUGUCAAGAUUUAUUUUCUAUUGGUGGCUUACUCGUUUAUGCAUUUGUUGGUUGGCAAUCCCAGCGACGAAUCCUUUUAA